UUUUGAACGGUGUGCAAGCGAGCAGUUUGAUUUGGACACAGCUACUUUCUGAGGCUCUGUUUUGAAGACGGUCUGUCUUUAUAACUGGAAUAUGCUCACUAUUUCCCAAGAAAGGAGCUGAAGAAGUCCCAACACAAUGUCCGUGGCUGUGGAAACCUCAGUGUCCAGGAUGUCUCUCCCUGUCCCCACCCACUUCUCCCAUGCAGAGCAAACCUUCUCCCUCAAAAAACGCCAUCUCCCUUUUUCCUCCAUGUCCAAUUCCAACUCAUCCUACUGUUCCCUUUCCAAUCUCUCACACACUCUGCCCCCGCUGCCGCCGUCCAAGGGAUGUCCCCCCCUGAGCAGGAUGUUCCCCCAGCAGCCCACCCCCUGGACCCCUCUGUCAGGUUCCCUCAGCAAGACUCCCCCUCCGAAUGCUGUUUAUGAUCCCAGCAAACAGCAGUCCUAUUUCGAUCAAUGCUACACUAAUUUGGGCCUGCUGGGACGAGGAUCUUUCGGAGAGGUCUACAAGGUGAAAAGCAACUUGGACGGUCGCCAGUAUGCAGUCAAGCGCUCUGCUCACCGCUUCAGGGGCAACAGUGAGAGGAGCCGGAGCACGAGGGAAGCCAAGAACCACGAGCGCCUCUGUCCUCACCCUCACAUCCUCGAUUUUGUGGCAGCGUGGGAAGAAUGUGGCCGACUGUACAUCCAGACCGAGCUCUGCAGCACCAGCCUGCUGCUCCAUGCGGAGAACCAGCCUCCUGGACCAGAUGAGCCUGCAGCAUGGGCCUACCUGUGCGACCUCCUCUCAGCUCUGCAGCACUUGCACUCUCUUGGUUUUGUGCACCUGGACCUCAAGCCCGCCAAUGUCCUCAUCACUGACUCGGGCCGCCUUAAGCUGGCGGACUUCGGGCUGCUGUUUGAGCUCAAAAAGAAGAGCACAGGGUCUUUAGAGGGGAAAGGGAAAGAUGACAUCCAGGAGGGGGAUCCCAGAUACAUGGCCCCUGAGCUGCUGCGGGGGGAGUAUGAGCCAGCUGCAGAUGUUUUCAGUUUGGGUGUUUCUAUUCUGGAACUGGCCUGUAAUAUGGAAGUUCCUAAUGGAGGAGAGGGCUGGCAACAGCUCAGGCAAGGCUGCCUCCCCUCAGAGUUCACCAGUGAUCUGUCAGCUGAGCUUCAGGCAGUGCUGCGGAUGAUGUUGGCCCCGGAGCCCUCUGAGAGGCCGACAGUCUCUGAGCUCCUGUCUCUCCCCUCUGUGAGGAAACACAGGUGGAGGAGGCGGAUCUAUCUCGUGGUGGCAGAGACCACGCUGACACUGCUCUCCUUCUGUCAGUUGGCGGUGUGCUUUGGGUGCAGACUGCUGUCCUCACUUCACUUGUCUUUUCUGCCUCACUGGUCAAAGCCGGUUCCCAGCACUCCUCCUAAGGGGAGUUGGGACAAAGAUCUGACACUGCCGCUCAGUGCCAUGCAUGCUGACUCCGGGAGUCCAGAGGACGAUGCAGUGUUCCUGUUGGAUCAAACCGACGUGGAGCUCUCCCCCACCUUCUCACACAGGGUAACAUCUAGACUGUCUUUGGACAGCACAUCCACUCCUCUGCCAAGAUCCCCAAGACACAGUCAUCGAAGUCCUGCCCACACCCCCACUCACUCGAACCUGGGGGAUUGGUCCUCCUGUAACCUGGCGCAGACCCCCUUCAGCAUCCACUCCAAUGGUUCCUGCCACACACUGCCACCCAGUAUUAACCCUUUACGCAUAGAGCUUUUUGCAGAUAGCAUUAAUGAAAAGUCGACACAGAGCCCACACUCUGUAGCCAACAAGUCCUCGCAGCGACGCAGCUGGAUCCGCACAGAGGAGGCUUUACCCCGACCCAACUUUGAACCAAAGAACCUGCUCAGUCUGUUUGAGGACACAACUGUAGAGCCAUGAUCAAAACACUGCCAGUUUACUUUUAGGGGUAAAGAUGUUUUCACUUUAAAAUGUUAUGUCAAAGGGAAGUUGUGUUUGAAUGUGCUUUACUCUGAACUGCCAUUACACCUAAGUCUUACAACAGCUUCUUUUAACGUGUACUUGAAAAAAGAAAUAUUUAGGGAAAAGGGUUGCAUUUAUAAUCAGACCUUCAAAGCACUUUUUAUGUUUGUGUAAAGGAUAAUCUGUUGCUGGAAUGACAAGUCAGGAAGUAUUGUGAAUAUAAGUUAUCAUUAGCUUGAUGUACUCUGAGUCAUUUACCUCAUGAGUCAUAGAACAUAAUAAAAAAAAAGAGGCGAAACUUAA